AUGUCUGGAAAGCGCGGUCGAGGUUCUACCUCCGGUAACAAGCUCAAGAUGACUCUUGGUCUGCCAGUCGGCGCCGUCAUGAACUGCUGCGACAACUCCGGUGCCCGCAACCUGUACAUCAUCUCCGUCAAGGGUAUCGGUGCGCGUCUCAACCGCCUGCCCGCUGGUGGUGCCGGUGACAUGGUCAUGGCGACCGUGAAGAAGGGAAAGCCCGAGCUGAGGAAGAAGGUCAUGCCCGCCGUCAUUGUCCGCCAGAGCAAGCCAUGGAGGCGAGCAGACGGUAUCUACCUGUACUUCGAGGACAACGCCGGUGUCAUUGUCAACCCCAAGGGUGAAAUGAAGGGCUCCGCCAUCACUGGACCCGUCGCAAAGGAGGCCGCUGAGCUGUGGCCGCGUAUCGCCUCCAACUCCGGUGUCGUCAUGUGA